AUGUCUGAGUGUUCGGCUGAUCCGGUGGGCAGACCCUACACGGUCAUUGGGGAGGCGGAACUGCUGCGUUUGGGCGCGCCGGAGUUGGCAGAACGUCUCAGUCUGGUGGUGAAGGCCAACGAAAUUCGCUUCAUCAAAGACAACGUGGAAGAGGGCAAGAAGGACCAGCCUCACCGGAAAACGCUACGGGACAUUUUGAACAUCAAAAGGGCAUGGAAGAGCAUGGUGGUGAUGCAGCGGAAGGCCCUGAAAUUCACGGGCCUCUCCAGAUUUGCCAAGACUCGUCCAGAUGAAGAGCAGGGAACCGAUACCAAAGCCGAGGCCUGUCACCUUUGUUGGCUGCUCUUGGUGGGGACAGAACGGUCAUACUCAACUGAGAUCCGCAUGGUGCUGAGCAUUGUUUAUGUUUGA